ACCGGUUUACCAACAAACGAUGAUCAGCCUCAUCCCGCGUCCGUCCUGCUCGAUCGCUCGCUGCAAGAGGUAUUACACCACACCCCCAGGGCGACCGGCGGGUACUCGCAAGGCCGGCUCGCCUCGGCCGCUACUAGGCCGGUAUCCCGAGGUCUUCCCCGUCGAGCUCGCCCGGGUCCAGUCCGGUAGAACCGUCAACCUGCGCGACUACGAAUCCCAAGUCAAACUUAAACGGCUCUCGUUCGACCUCAAAACCCAUGACGGGAAAGUCCUGCCCGCCGACGGACCUAACUUUCUUGGUCCGAAUGGCUGUUCAUUAAGAGAGCCAUUCUCGCCCACAUUCCAAGAAGUAGUCCGUAACUUCCGAGGCACGAACAUCGUGGUCUAUGUGAUUCCCGAGGGAACACCGGUGCCCAAAACAUUGACACUCUUGCAUGAACAUAGUGAUCAUUUCUCGCUCCAAUGUGCUCAGCCCAUGUCCCUUCCCGAACUGAAUAAAGAAAUCACCGAUUUUCUCGUCAAAUCUGCCCGUGCGAUAACCAAGGAAGAGUUUGGCGAGGAAUACCCAUACGAGAUAUGAUCAUCAACUCUUUGUUUCGAACAAUCAGAAAAAAAAAUCAUUGUAGCAGUCAAAUGUUGCAAUAUAUUCAUAACACAUCAGAUGCUUCUCACUCUCACACAAAGCAGAUAUAGCCCGACCAACUGCAUAGCUUGUUACACAUUCGUCAAGAACCGGUGGAUCUGCUUAGCACAUCUACAUACAUUCCUCUUUCCAUUGAUAUCUUGCCUUCGUCCUGGUUGAGGGUAGUGAUGAUGAGAUAGAAAUCCAACAGAUUCCCAAACCCAGCAUUUUGUUUUCUACACCAACAAAAAAAAAGGGAGAAUCUGGAGUAUUGAGCAAGUAUGGUGUAUCAGAAUGAAAUUCAGCUUUCUUGGUAUGCUGUUGGG